UCUUCGCGGGCCUGCCCCGCGCGCCCAUCGAUCUGCUCGGCCACCGCGCGCCUGCGCCUUUGGGCUGUCAGUGCAGGCGGCGUGGGGAGCGCGGGGAGCGGUUGUGGCGCCCCGGGAGCCGAGUUUGUAAAAAUGGAAUUUCAAGCAGUAGUGAUGGCAGUUGGAGGAGGAUCGCGGAUGACAGACCUGACUUCUAGCAUUCCCAAACCUCUGCUUCCAGUUGGGAACAAACCUUUAAUUUGGUACCCAUUGAACUUGCUUGAGCGUGUUGGAUUUGAAGAAGUCAUUGUUGUUACAACCAGGGAUGUCCAAAAGGCUCUAUGUGCAGAAUUCAAGAUGAAAAUGAAGCUAGAUAUUGUGUGUAUUCCUGAUGAAGCUGACAUGGGAACUGCAGAUUCUCUGCGCCACAUAUAUCCAAAACUUAAGACAGAUGUACUGGUCCUGAGCUGUGAUCUGAUAACAGAUGUUGCCUUACAUGAGGUUGUGGACCUUUUCAGAGCUCAUGAUGCAUCACUUGCCAUGUUAAUGAGAAAAGGCCAAGAUAGCUUAGAACCAGUUCCAGGUCAAAAGGGAAAAAAAAAAGCAGUGGAGCAGCGUGACUUCAUUGGAGUGGACAGCACGGGAAAGAGGCUGCUCUUCAUGGCUAAUGAAGCAGACUUGGAUGAAGAGCUGGUCAUUAAGGGAUCCAUCCUGCAGAAGCACCCCAGAAUACGUUUCCACACAGGCCUUGUGGACGCCCAUCUUUAUUGCUUGAAAAAAUACGUUGUGGACUUCCUAAUGGAAAAUGAGUCAAUCACUUCCAUCCGGAGUGAACUGAUUCCAUACCUAGUAAGAAAGCAGUUCUCCUCAGCUUCCUCACAACAAGGACAAGAAGAAAAAGAGGAAGAUCUAAAGAAAAAGGAGCUGAAGUCCUUAGAUAUUUACAGUUUUAUAAAAGAAGCCAAUACACUGACCUUUGCUCCCUAUGAUGUCUGCUGGAAUGCCUGUCGAGAAGACAGACGGGAAGACUUGUCUAGAUCACAGGUGCGCUGCUAUGUCCAUAUCAUGAAAGAGGGGCUCUGCUCUCGAGUGAGCACCCUGGGACUCUACAUGGAAGCAAAUAGACAGGUGCCCAAAUUGCUACCUGUUCUUUGUCCAGAAGAAUCACUGAUCCAUUCAUCAGCCCAGAUUGUCAGCAAACACCUGGUUGGAGUUGACAGCCUCAUCGGGCCAGAUACACAGGUUGGAGAGAAGUCAUCCAUUAAGCACUCAGUCAUUGGUUCAUCCUGUGUCAUAAGAGAUAGAGUGACUAUCACCAAUUGCCUUCUCAUGAACACAGUCACCGUGGAAGAAGGAAGCAACAUCCAGGGCAGCGUCAUCUGCAACAAUGCUGUGAUCGAGAAGGGAGCAGACAUCAAGUACUGCCUAAUUGGAAGUGGCCAGAGGAUUGAAGCCAAAGCCAAACGAGUGAACGAGGUGAUCGUGGGGAAUGACCAGCUCAUGGAGAUCUGAGUUCUGAGCAAGUCAGACUCCUUGCUCCUGGACCCAAGAACUACAGAUGUUGGCUGGCCCACCUGUUUGACUCUGUAUUUAUUUCCCAAUAAAGAAGCCCUCCCAAAGGCA